CUCUCUAGACGGAGGAUGGGCGACUGGCGCCAGUCUCCGAAACGGGCAAGCUUAUUGGUUAUUGGGAAAGGAUGGCAUGGGCGGGUAGUUUUGAUUGGACGGCACUGGUCGAAAAAAGCCAAUAGGAGGGCAGAGCGCCGCCAGCCGCAAAGAAUGGAGUCGCAGCCUCUGGUUUCGGAGUCGGGCGUCGAUGAGACCCUCGUGGCGCCCCUGGUGGAACUGGGGAUCCCCGAAGCUGAAGCGCGGAGGGCUCUGGCUCUCACCGGUGGUCGAUCCGCUGAAGCGGCCGCGCAGCUGUAUUUCGGGAGUGGCCUGGAUUCCCAGGAAGAAGAUGACGCCCAAGGGGCCGAUUACUUCAAGAUGGUCUUUGUGGUGAACAUGGAGCUCUCCAUGGGAACAGGAAAGAUUGCUGCCCAGGUAGGCCAUGCAGCAAUUGGCCUUUUCCAGCUGAUGCAGGAGAAAUCUACUCAGAAGGACAUGACUGCCCAGUGGGAGGAGCACGGAGCAAAGAAAGUGGUACUUCAGGGAUCCAGCACUGACCAGUUGCUAGAGAUGCACGCCUUGGCUUUGAGCUUGGAACUGCCAACAUACUUAGUACAAGAUGCAGGGAGGACUCAGGUUCCGACUGGGUCCCAUACAGUCCUUGCCAUUAUGGGAGAAGAAGAGAUGGUGAAUAUGGUGACGGGGAAGCUAAAACUGCUCAACUGAGCAACAUUCACAACCCGGAUCUGUCGGCUGUGCCUGGAGUUCGUGGACUGCCCUUCUGCCUGCUCCACUAGUCCGGAAGGAGAAGGAAGCGCCUGCCGACAGCAACUGGAAACCCAUCUGCCGAGCAUGGCGCAUGGAAGUGGGCAGCUCUCCUUAAGCCUGCAGCUGGAUUAGAGGAGAAUCCAGAGUGUUUCUCUAAGAGAUGGAGUCUGUAUUUAUUGUGUUAUGUACCUGCCACGUAAAAUGUUGUACAAAUGUUGCCUUGGCUUUCCUUUUGCACUGUGAGAAACCCAUGGAGUUGCCAGGGACUCCUUGCAGCGGAAGGCUGUUUAAGACCCAAAGUAUCCCUAAUUGUUGUCUUACCCUUUUUAAGAAAAGGAAGGAAAAGAUGCCACGACUUUUGUAAACUACUUAUUCCAUUGCUUGUUGCUUAGGAAAAACAGUACGGGAUCAUCCCCCCCCCCCCCCCCCCCCGAUCUGCCUUUCCCUUUGCAUCUUGCGCUAUCCCAAAUCCUCAGCAGUGAGCUCUUUCCCUCUUUCUGACAUCCUUUUUGAAGGAUUUGAAAAAAAAUAAUGUAUACUCGAGGGCAGAAGAGUAUUUGUUCUACCUAGCCCUGUUUCUACCAAGUGGGCAAGGACGAACUGUGUGGUGAGGAAAUUUGUGCUGGGUAAGGUGAGCAAUAAAGAGACUUUGGGGAUGAAGCAGGGUUUAGAGCCGUAGAGGGAAAGGUAGCAUAGGUGGCCGGGGACUGCCUGUGUGAAAGGUUCCCAACUAUUUUCUGUGUCCUACCCUAAUUCCCACUUUAAAAGACUGACUGAAUGUUCCUGCUGUUGUGAUAUGACGAUGUCCAAUCUCUUCUUAAAAAUUUAUGGGUCCUCGUAAAAAGGUGGCAUGGAUUUUUGCGCAUGGGUUGGCAGGGCUACCUACAAUAUUGGCCUUUAGAGGGGGGGGGGGGGGCUCGACUGUGGAAAGGGAGUGGGUGGGAAGGAAAGAAGGAAGGAAGAGGCGGAGCUGCAGCUGAUCAAGCACUAGCUAAGAGGUGACUGAGAUGCUCGUAGUUCCCCAGUAUGGAGAAAUAAACAGGAGUCUCAUGGCAUAGUAAAAGCUAACUACAUUUUAUUCCCGCAUAAACUUUUGUGGGCUCCAGUCCACCUCUUCAGGUGCACAGAUAUGGACUCCAGUCAGGUGGUUCUCAACUGGUUGUAAGUGGUAUCGUUGGUGGGACAUGUAAGUAGGAUGGAUGCAGGUUUGUCAUAACAAUUACAAAGAAUUUUCUCUCCUUCAGUCCCCAUGUCGUCCUGCAAGUAUAACAUGCCUUCUCUGGCAGACCCUACUUGCCAGAGAUUGUCCAUCUGUGACCUUCUGACACGCUAGCGAUAAUCUUGGACCCUCAGUGUUUCUGCUAAUCCCGUUAUCUGUACCCACCAACUAGAGUCUUUGAUUACCCUUUCUUGCCAAGGAUUACCCGUUGUGCUUCUGUAAAAAAAUGUCAAGUCUUUAAACUGUACCAUAGAUGCUAAAUAUAGAAUAACACGAUACCUGUAAA